AGUGGAGGUUCCAUUGCCAGCGGAGCGGCAGGGGAGGGACGGACUCUUUGCACUCGGGAUACCAGCUCAUACACGCACUCUCUCUCUCACACACACGCGCGCUCCUGCCCACUAGAGACUUGUUAAAUCCGCAAGAAAACUGCAAACACUCAUCAGCGCAGUCGCUUAAUCCGAUUGAUCGGCGCCAGCAACGCGCGUGAGGACCCGGGAACUAGUGCGCACGGCGGAGAGGACAGCCGGGAGUUUUCAUGUCUUUUUAGACAAACUGAUUGAGUUUUGCGAUCAUUUGAAGAGGACUUUUGAGAUCAAGAGGCACCAUCCGCCAGAGGACUUCCACAUUUCGGGAGGAUGAGGCAGGGCAGAGGUUGGAGCUCGGCUCUCCUGCUGCUGCUGGGGCUGGGCUGUUGGGCCCAGAAGCUGCCUACGAGAGAUGAAGGGCUCUUUCAGAUGCAGAUCAGAGACAAAUCUCUGUUCCACGACUCCUCGGUCGUCCCAGACGGAGCAGAGAUCAGUGGUUACAUUUUCAGGGACACACCCAAAAGGUACUAUUUUGUGGUGGAAGAAGACAACACUCCCCUGUCUGUGACGGUGACACCCUGCGAUGCCCCUCUGGAGUGGAAACUCACCCUGCAGGAGCUGCCUGAAGAGUCCAGUGGAGAGGCAUCAGGGGAGCCUGAACCCUUGGACCAACAGAAGCAGCAGGUGACCGUCGACGAGGGCACGGAUCUCUUCAGCUACAAGGGCAACGAUGUGGAGUCCUACGUGUCGACCAGCACGCCGUCCGGCCUCUACCAGCUGGAGCUGCUGUCCACGGAGAAAGACAGCAACUUCAAGGUGUACGCCACCACAACUCCAGAGUCCGACCAGCCGUACCCACAGCUGCCCUAUGACCCCCGGGUGGAUGUUACAGCGCUGGGACGUACCACAGUCACGCUGGCCUGGAAGCCCACACCCACAGGGUUUCUCAUGGGCCAGCCUGUUCAAUACUGUGUGGUGAUCAACAAGGAGCACAACUUCAAGAGCAUGUGUGCUGCUGAGGCUAAAAUGAGCAACGAUGAUGCAUUCAUGUUGGCUCCAAAGCCUGGCAGGGACUUUAGCCCGUUUGACUUUGAGCGCUUUGGCUUUGUUCCCUCCUACAAUGGUUUUGGCAAGGACAGAGGCCUCACAAGUAACAAGAUCUCACGGGUGUACCCCCCCAAGCCCAAAGCAUCAGACAUUCAGAAGGUGUGCAUUGGCAAUAAAAACAUAUUCACUGUGUCAGACCUCAAACCAGACACGCAGUACUACUUUGAUGUGUUUGCUGUGAACUCUGCCACCAACACCAGCACUGCGUACGUGGGAACUUUUGCGCGCACUAAAGAAGAGGCUCGCCAGAAGACCUUUGACCUUAAGGAUGGCAAAGUUUCCAAUGUCUUCAUCAAAAGAAAGGGAAGCAAAUUUCUGCGCUUCGCUCCCGUCUCCUCCCACCAAAGGGUCACCUUGUUUGUCCACUCGUGUCUGGACACAGUGCAGGUGCAGGUGAGGCGCGAUGGCAAGUUGGUGCUCUCCCAGAACGCCGAGGGGGUCAGACAGUUCCAACUUCGAGGAAAACCAAAAGCCAAAUACCUGAUCCGCUUACGAGGGAGCCGGAAGGGAGCCUCCACUUUGAAAGUGCUCGCCACCACGCGACCCAGCAGCAAGCAUCCCUUCCCUUCUCUUCCCGAGGACACUCGCAUCAAGGCCUUUGACAAGCUGCGCACAUGCACCUCUGUCACGGUGGCCUGGCUGGGCACACAGGACCGCAACAAGUACUGCAUCUACCGCAAGGAAGUGGCGGACAAUUACGGAGAGGAGCAGCGGCGCAGGGAACAAAAUCAGUGCGCUGGGCCGGAGAGCCGCAGGAAGUCAGAAAAGGUCCUAUGCAAGUACUUCCACAGCCCGAACCUGCAGAAAGCUGUAACUACAGAGACCAUCAAAGGUCUGGAACCCGGCAAGACCUACCUACUGGACGUUUAUGUGGUGGGACACAGUGGACACUCAGUGAAAUACCAGAGCAAACUGGUAAAAACACGGAAAUACUGCUAAAAGACUUUACAAAGAAGAAAUCUAUUAUAUAAAUAUAUAAAUAUGAAUAUAUAUAUAUGUAUAUAUAUGUAUAUAUAUAUAUAUAUAUAUAUAUAUAUAUAUAUAUAUAUAUAUAUAUAUAUAUAUAUAUAUAUAUAUAUAUAUAUAAAUAUAUAUAUAUAUAUAAAGUUUAUUUAACACUAAGUGAUAUUCUACUAUCCAGAAAGACUACUCACGCAGCGGACGGGCCCGUGGCAGUGACUGAACUGUUUGCAGAGAAAGAUAUCAACCUGUAUAUUUAUGUUUACAUUUCACUGUGGCGCGUCUGAGCGGCCCGUAGCGUGAGUUGCUUCGUCCCGGGCAUGCCGCUUUGACUUCAUCUUGCCACUGGGGCGAGCGGAACUUCAAAGAAGGUCAUAUUUCACCGUGCGUGUUUCCUUUGUUGCUGCAUGACAUUUGCUUUGGUCUGUCAAACGUGUCUCAUCCUUUCAGUUCCAGCCCACGCCGGCUGGAGGAGAUCCAGUCGCUGCCCGCUCUGUACAGACCUCUCACUGCAUAUUUACAACAUGUUUUUAGAAGGAAUUUAAAUUAUUUUGUACUUCUCGUCUGUUUUAAUUGGUGGCAGAAGGAGCUGUUGGAAGUGAACUGCAGUUUCACGAGGACUUAGCUCAGACAUUCCUUUGUGCAUCUCAGCCAGUGUUUGCUCUAGAGCCCAUCUUGUAAAUGUGUUCUGUGCUAGAGAUCCCUGUUAUUAUCACUGUAUCGCUGUGUGUUUGUGCGUCACGUGUACAGAACUGUCCUGCCAAUAUUCAUGUACAUAAAGACUAAAUAUAGAACAAGUAAUCCCUGUGUCA